AUGCAGGUGGACGCGGGGAAGGCAGAGUACCUGGCGCUCAGCUCGCACACCCUGUGGGACGGCAUAUUCCAGGUCGUGGGCUACUCCGUCCUCCUGGUGCAGUUCAUCGGGCCGGCCGGCCUCGCCGGGCUCGCCCUGCUCCUGGCCCUGCUGCCGGUGAGCGCGCGCAUGCAGCGGGGCCUCAGCGCCGCGAACCGGGCCGCGCUGAAGACCAGCGGGGAGCGCGUGGCCAGGACCGGCGAGAUACUCAGCGGCAUCCGCGCCAUCAGGCAGACCGGCUGGGAGGGGGUCUUCGAGAAGCAGGUGCGGGGCCUGCGCGAGAAGGAGCUGGCGGCGCAGCGCAAACGGAGCCUCCUCGGCGCCUGCCUCAUCUCGGUGUUUAGCGCCCUGCCCCCCUUCAUGACGACCGUGGUCCUGCUGGCCUACGCCGCGCUGGGUCCGGGCGCCGGCGCCGGAGGCGCCGUCUUCAACCCAGCCACCGUGUUCACGGCCCUGACCUUGCUGAACCAGAUCCGCUUCCCGCUGCUGUUCUACCCCGGCGCCCUGGAGGCGCUGUCGGAGGGCCGCGCCGCGCUGCAGCGCAUCGCCUCCUUCCUGGCGCUGGAGGAGACGCCGCCGCGCGCCGCGGCGGCGCCCGGCGCGCGCGCGGCCCUGGUGGCGGCGCCCGGCAGGUACCAGCUGUCGCCGGACGCGGACCUCGCGCUCGUCCUCGAGGAGCCCCUGGAGAUCCAGGAGGGGGAGCUCGUGGCCGUGGUCGGCGCGGUGGGCUCCGGGAAGUCCUCCUUGCUGCGGGCGCUGCUGGGUGAGCUGCCGCGCGCGGGCCUCGCGGCGCCCCCCGGCAGGGUCGCCUACUGCGCCCAGAAGCCCUGGGUGCCGACCGGCUCCCUGGAGGACAUCGUCACCGCGGGGGCCCCGCUGGACGCGCCGCUCUUCGAGCUGGCAUGCCGCGCCGCCGCGGUGGACUUCGCGCGGCGGGGGGACGAGCUCAGCGCCGCCACGCUCAGCGGGGGCCAGCAGGCGCGG